AUGGGUAUAACUAAGAGGCCUGCUAGCAAUUGCAGCGAUGAAAUACUCCCAGUUGAAGUCGAUGAACUCGUGGAUGAUACGAUUUACUCAUCUACCAACACUGAUGCCAGUGAUGAAUCAGAUUAUGAAAUGAUGAUGCCAAAUGUCACCAUAGUUGAUUAUUCGACAUACUACAGAAAUCUCUGUCCUGAAUUAAGGAUUUCCUACAAUGUUGAAUAUGAUAAUCCAGAUGCUGAUACUAAACCGGUAUCAUAUAAGAAAAAAAAUAUUUCUCAAAUGGGACGCAAGAAAGCAAAUCGUGCACAAAAUGAAAAUUUUCUUCUGUCUCUGAGCGAUGAAUACGAAGAUGAUAUAUUUUGUAAUGACAACAAAAACGGAUUUAUGAAAGCAAUCAACAGUCUUUCGACUUUGCCUGGUUUGAAAGAAUCAUUUAUUGAAGGAAAUGACGAACUCGUGCUACCAAAACGCAACAAACGUUCAGCUGCUGAAAUAAAUACUGAAAAAAAGCCUAAACGAAGCAUUCGUCCUGAUUUGGCAUUCAAAAAUCUGACUACAUCACAAAAAUCCCUAUUCAAACAGAAAAGUUUACCUUUUGCUGCUAUAGAUCAUCUGGAAACCGAAGUUGUCCGAUAUUUUUCACUUGUACCAAAUGGCAUUUACACAUCUGCCCCAUUGCCGAGUUAUAAUCGAAUGCUGCUGCACAGUAUCGUCCGUUACUAUUCAUUGGAUGCCAUGAGUGUGAAUAGCCGUGGUCGGCGUGCUCAGAAAAUUGUACAAGUACGCAACAGCCGUUUUGACGAUUUCAAACCACCUCGUAUGAGCCUGUUGAAAUACGUAUCAAGUCAAAACAGCUAA